AUGACUUCGCCAAAGAUUCAAAAGGAUAUUGUGAGUGCUUGUGCACAAGAAACUAUAAAAGCUAUAAUUGAUGACUUGGAUAGAGAUUAUUAUGGAAUAUUAGUUGAUGAGUCCAAGGACAUCUUUGACCAUGAACAAAUGGCCCUUGCUUUGCGUCUAUCCAAAAUACGCGGACAAGGAUAUGAUGGAGCUAGCAACAUGAAGGGUGAGAUGAAUGGUCUUAAAGCUUUAAUUUUGAAAGAUACUCCAUCGGUACAUUACAUUCAUUGUUUUGCUCAUCAAUUACAAUUGACACUUGUAGUGGUUGCUAAAAAAGUUAAGGAGGUGGAAACUUUCAUUUCUUUAAGUGCUAACAUGUUGAAUGUGGUUGGAGCAUCUUUUAAUUGUAGCGAUCAACUUCCGGAACACCAAGCAGAAUUGUUGGAGAAAUUGCUAAAAAGUGGUGGAAUUCAAAGUGGAAAAGGAUUAAAUCAAGAGCGGGGUUUUCAAAGGCCAGGUGACACUCGUUGGGGAUCACAUUUUAGAACAUUGGAUGACUUCAUUAUUUUAUUUUCAUAUAUUAUUCAUGUUCUUGAGGUGAUUAAAUGUGAAGGUUCCAACCCUAGUGAUAGAUUGCAUGGGAAAGCUUAUUUGAUUGAAACUAUUGGUUUUGAAUUUGCUUUCUUACUUCACUUGAUGUUGAAAGUGUUGGUACUGUCGAACGAGCUAAGCAAAGCUUUACAGAGGAAAGAGCAAGAUAUUAUUAAUGUCAUGGUAUUCCUUGACCUUACAAAAGAAAGGCUUCAAAAAUUGAGAGAGGAAGCAUGGAAAGCAUUCAUGGAUGAAAUCUCUUCAUUUUGUGCUAAACAUGAUAUUUUGGUGCCCAAGAUGGAAGAAUUCUAUAUUCCUGAAAAGUCGAAGCGCAGACUUUCUAGCGUUACUUAUUCACAUCACCUACAGGCUGAACUUUUCUAUGUUGUAAUUGAUUUACAACUUCAGAAGCUUAACAAUCAUUUUGAUGGUGUGAGUGACUAUUUGCCUCUGGGUAUAUGUCUAGCUUGA